AUAGGACACUCCAUACAAGUUUGGUCGGACUUUAGCGGGCUCGAGAAACGCUGUAACGCUUGUCUGAGCCCAACUCAAUCUGCUGUUCUCCCGGCACCGGCGAGCAGUCGGAAAAUCAAACCCAUCCGAGGGCGACGACUUCGUACUAUAAAACUCUCCUCCUGUAACCGACCGACCCAGAAGAGAUCUUGGCCAAAACAAUGAAACCCCACAACCUCCUCGCUCCCCAAAACCUCAAGCACCAAUGCCUCGCCGCUCUUCCGUCCACCGUCAACGCGCUCUUCUCCCUCCAUUUCUCUUCAUCCGCUCCGCAAGGCGCCGGCGACCAGUCCCAACCCGCGAUCACCCCGCAGAUGCUGCUGAGCUCGGUCCAGUCUUCUCAGUGGCAUUUCGUCAAACAGGUGUCGGACCGCCUCACCCCUUCCCUAAUCUCGGCCACCCUCUCGGCUCUCGAGGAAAGGCCCGAACUUGCGCUCGAGUUCGUGACCCGCGUCGACGCCGGGUGCUUCGAUACGAGGACCUCCUGUCUCGCGCUCGCCAUCGUUUCUCGCCUCCCGGAUCCGAAGCCCGCGCUGCAGCUCGCGAAGAGGACCAUUGGGUGCGUUGGUGCCACCGUGAAAGAGGUCUUUGAUGAGCUGGUGAGCUUGCGCGGUCGAUCAGGUACGAAAAGUAGCAUUGUCUUUGAUUUCUUGAUAAGGGGUUGUUGUGACAUGAAGAUGGGUCAUGAGGCGUUGGAGUGCUUUGACAUGAUGAAAGAGAAGGGCAUCUUGCCCAAGACCGAGACUUGUAAUAGCAUGUUGAGUUUGUUGUUGAAGUUGGACAGGAGAGAGAUUGCUUGGGUUUUGUAUGCUGAGAUGUUUAAGUUGAGGAUAAAAUCCAGUGUCCACACUUACAACAUAAUGAUCAAUUUGUUGUGCAAAGAGGGAAAGUUGAAGAAGGCAAAGGAGUUUACUGGUUGGAUGGAGGGUUUGGGCAUAAAGCCUAACGUUGUCACAUACAACACAUUAGUACAUGGGUAUUGCUCGAAAGGGAGAGUUCAGGGUGCUCUAAUGAUUUUUAAUGCGAUGAAAGCUAAAGGCAUCGAACCGGAUUCCUAUUCAUAUGGACCGAUCAUUAAUGGGAUGUGUAAGGAGGGGAGACUUGAGGAGGCAUCCAAAUUUCUGGGUAAAAUGUUGGAAGUUGGGUUAGUCCCCAGUGCUGUGGUGUAUAAUGCUUUGAUUGAUGGGUACUGCAGCAAAGGGGACUUAGAGACAGCUUUUAGUUAUAGAGAUGAGAUGGUUAAGAGGGGUAUAAGGCCCACUAUUUCGACAUUCAAUUUGCUUAUUCAUGCUAUGUUAAUGGAAGGAAACACUCUUGAAGUUGAUAACAUGAUGAGAGAAAUGGGUGAAGAAGGGUUGGCUCCCGAUGCCUUCACUUACAAUAUACUAAUUAAUGGGUAUUGCCAGUGUGGCGAUGCUAAAAAGGCCUUUUCUCUUCGUGACGAGAUGUUGGUUAAAGGGAUCCAGCCCACCCGAGUAACUUAUACCUCACUUAUAUAUGUUCUGGGUAGACGGAACAGAAUGAAGGAAGCAGAUGAUUUAUUUGAGAAAAUAAUUGGUGAGGGUAUUAGUCCAGAUGUUGUGAUGUUUAAUGCAAUGAUCGAUGGACACCGUACUAAUGGGAGCAUGGAGCGUGCAUUUUCACUUUUGGAGAAAAUGGAUCAAUUUAAGAUUAAUCCCGAUGAAGUCACCUACAAUACACUAAUGCAAGGACUUUGCAAGGAGGGUAAAGUUGAAGAAGCACGUGAGCUUCUAGGUGUGAUGAAAAGAAGAGGGAUAAAGCCUGAUCACAUCAGUUACAAUACUCUGAUAAGUGGAUAUAGCAGACGUGGUGACAUGAAUGAUGCUUUUAGGACACGGGAUGAGAUGUUGAGUGUUGGAUUCAAUCCCACACGUCUCACUUACAAUGCCCUUAUUCAAGGUUUAUGCAAGAGUAAGGAAGGAGAUCAUGCAGAAGAACUCCUCAAGGAAAUGGUUAAUAAAGGCAUCACUCCAGAUGAUGCCACUUACAUCUCACUGAUUGAGGGAAUAGGGGAAGUUCAUAAAUCUGAAGAAAUGGUGACUCUCGAGUAAUUAGCACAAGAAAUUGUCCUAUCCGGUGAUAGCAGAGAGGUGUUUCGGAAGGAGUCUGGUUGAGAGAACUCUUUUCACCACCAGGUGUUGGGGAAAGGUCCAUGGCGCAUGGCGCAGAACAAAAUGCUUCAAUCAUUGGCAGAGUAGAGCAGACCAUUUUGCAAUUUCUGUUUUGCUAUCUGAAAUUAUCUACUCUGCAAAGGGUUAUAAAAUUGUCAUCUCAAGAAUGGAGCGCACUGCUUUGCUGCAAUUGGUUUAUCUUGCAACUAAUUUCUGCAUCCUGCAAGUUGUGCAUGCCAUUCACUUUGGUGAACUGAUUGGAGGUUGAAUUUCUUUGCUACUGGAACUCCUCAAGCAGCGAGGAAUGUCAUGAUGGGGUUUACAAGUCAUUUCUGGAUGUAAUUAAGGCAAAGAGGGUGACACUUUGCUUGACAAAGGGAUCAACAAUUCAGGUCGUUCUGUCAUUUCGUAGGACACUCACUUCCAUUACAUGAUGUGGAUCGCCACUGGAAAUUGCAAUAGAGCUUUUUCAGAUAUUCGUAAUUCUUGGACUGACUAUACAUCUUACUUCAAACAUAGGAGUGCUUCUGACAAAAAAAAACAAGCAUAGCAGUGCUAAGAGUAGAAUUCGGGAAAGCAGGCCCGGUGUAUGGGAAAUACUGCAACAAGUUAUGCUAUGGCAUGUUGUACAGCUGAAUAGAGAACCUACUCUGCAUAGAUUAGGUAAUGGGUUGUUGAACUUAAGUAAUAUUGCGUGUUGAUUUUGUGGUUA